AUGUCUGGCGCAGCAACUCCUUAUGGAUCAAGACCGGUAUCCGUCUUCCCUGAGGGAGAUUUCCGUAACAACGCAAAGGAGGAGAUCAACGACAUUAAGUGUGACAUGAUGGUCAACCACCUUUACAGUCAACAAAUGGAAUUGCUCUGGACUGCCGGUGGCCACGAUGAGGGUGCUCUUCUCAAGAAGUCAAGAGGACAGUAUGCCUGCUGCCCUUCAGAUCUUGAGAGCGAGCCCAACGGUUUCUUCAAGGCUAUCCAGACUCUUAACGUUAGAAGUGCCAUGACCGUCAACACUCGUGUUAUCAAGCUCUUCCUCCACGGAAACGACCGUGCCUUCAUCCCCUUGAAGAGCGGUCUCCGUCUCCAAGUCCUCCCUGAUAUCUCAUACCUCCCUCGCUGCGCUAAGCAUCAGUUCGCCGCGUUCAUCGCCGACCGUGGAAUUCUCGUUGUCUGGGACGAUGAGCCUAGACAUCUCAUCAAGCGCGCUGAGGAUAUUGAAAAGGCCCUCAUGAAGAUGAUUUGGCCUCAAGAAGGCGAGGAAGAAGAGGAGGUCUCGGAGAAGGAGAAGUCUGCCGAGGUCAACGUUGACGAAAUUAGCAUGGACAGCGAAGAAGCAGGUGCCCUCGAGAAGCCUCGUCGCAUCGUCCUCACCCAGGCCAUUACUGGUGCCAUGACUCUCUGUCUGCUCAUUGUCGUUAUGGCUACUGGUUGGCGCAAAAUUGCUCUGGAAAUCGGCACCGACAACAACUACAUUCGCAUUGCCUUUGUCCUCUGUGUCAUCCCGCAAGCCUGGCUGUCGCUUUUCUUCUACCAAGCCGUCGUCAACAACAUCUGGCAGCUGUUUGGUCCCAUCUCUCAGUUGUCGUCAAACACCAAGUUCUACUCCGGUCUUCCCCCCAAGAGACUCAACGCUGAUCUUACCACUCUUCCCCACAUCACCAUUCAAUGUCCUGUCUACAAGGAGGGUCUCCAGGCCGUCAUUGAGCCCACUGUUCACUCUAUCAAGGCUGCUAUUUCCACCUACGAAAUGCAAGGCGGUACUGCCAACAUCUUCGUCAACGACGACGGUAUGCAGUUGAUCUCCGAAGAGGAAGCUCGCGCCCGUCAGGACUUCUACGAUGAGCACAACAUCGGAUGGGUCGCUCGUCCCCGCCACGACCCCAAGGGUGAGCACGGUGAUCCUUUCACUCGUCGCGGAAAGUUCAAGAAGGCCUCUAACAUGAACUACGCUCUCUGGGUCAGCAACCGUGUUGAGGACAAGAUGAACGAGACUCCCAAGCACGCCAACUGGACCAAUGAAGACGAAGCCGAAUCUUACGUGAAAGCACUCAACGAGGUUGUCGAGGAAGAUGAAGGCCGCACCUGGGCUGAUGGUAACGUCCGUCUUGGUGACUACAUCCUUCUGAUUGAUUCCGACACUCGUGUCCCUACCGACUGCUUGAUCGACGCCGCCAGUGAAAUGCACCAAUCUCCUCAGGUCGCCAUUCUUCAAUACGCUUCUGGUGUCAUGAACGUCACCGACAGCUUCUUCGAAAAGGGUAUCACUUUCUUCACCAACCUCAUUUACACCCAGAUCAAGUACGCCGUUGCCAGUGGUGAUGUCGCUCCUUUCGUCGGUCACAACGCUAUUCUCAGAUGGUCUUCCGUUCAGAACAUUGCCUACGACUGCAAAUACGACAACCGCGAAAAGUACUGGUCCGAGAACACUGUCUCUGAAGAUUUCGACAUGGCUUUGCGUCUGCAAAACGAUGGCUAUGUUGUCCGCAUGGGUGGUUACACGGGCGAUGGUUUCAAGGAGGGUGUCUCCCUUACCGUCUACGAUGAACUUGCUCGUUGGGAGAAAUACGCUUACGGCUGCAACGAGCUUCUCUUCCACCCUGUCCGCUACUGGCCCACUCGUGGUCCUUUCACCAAGCUCUUCCGCAACUUCAUCUGCUCCUCCAUGCCUCUUCCUUCUAAGUUCACCAUUAUGGCCUACAUCGGUACCUACUACGCUAUUGGCAGCGCUUGGAUCUUGACUCUUCUUAACUACUUCCUCAUGGGCUGGUACAACUCUUACCAAGACAAGUACUACCUUGAUUCUUUCCAGAUUUACCUCGCCAUUCUCGUCGUUUUCACCGGUCUCGGUAACUUGUCUCUGGCUAUCCUCCGCUACCGUACCGACGAGCAAGGUCUCUUGGGCGCUCUCAUCACCAACCUGAUGUGGAUCCCCAUGAUGAUGCUUUUCCUCGGUGGUCUCUCCCUCCAUCUGUCUCAAGCCAUUCUGUCGCACAUGUUCGGCAUCGACAUGAACUGGGGUGCGACCAGCAAGGAAGCCGAAAACACCACUUUCUUCAAGGAAGUCGGAAAGGUCAUCAAGAACUUCAAGUUCACCUUCCUCUUCUGCAUCAUCAUGGCCGCCGGUAUGGUCGUCUGCGCCUGGGCUCUUCCCUGGGACUGGCAGAUCAGACAAUUCUUCGCCAUUUGGCCUCUGGCUACUAUUGUGUUCUCGCACUUCUUCUUGCCCAUUGCGCUUAACCCCAACCUCAUGUUGUUCACGUGGUAA